AUGGUGGUCUCCACAGGAGUUAAAGUUCCUUGUAAUUUUCGCUUGUUGGAAGAACUUGAAGAAGGACAAAAAGGAGUAGGUGAUGGUACAGUUAGCUGGGGCCUACAGUUAGCUGAGGAAGAUAAGACACUUACGAGGUGGACAGGCAUGAUUAUUGGGCCACCAAGGGUGGAUGCACAGAGAAUACCAGUAUUAGCAAAAUGGCAAACUUCAUAUAGCAUUAAAGUUGUACUUCAAGAGCUAAGACAUCUAAUGGUGUCCAAAGAGACUAUGAAGCUUCCACAGCAACCAGAAGGACAAACAUACAGCAGUUAG